GCGUGUGCUUCCGGGUCCUCGCCUCACGACGCGGGGCGUGAUCUGUGAGGUUGGAGUCGCGCAGGAAGAGCCAUGUCGGACUCGGAGGAUUUUUCGUCGGGGGAGGACGAGGAUUACCUGCCCUCAGGCGAAGAAUACAGUGAAGACGAUGUCAGCGAGCUGAUAAAGGAAGAGGAAGUGGAGGAGGAGGAGAAGCAGCAGCCAGACUGGAAGACAUGCAAAAAAGACGCUAAAGGAAUCGCACCUCGGAAAAGGAAGAAACAACACAGGCUUUUCUUAGAUCUGGGUGAAGGAGAAUCUUCCAAAGACAAUAAAAGUGACGAGGAGGACGGUGAAUCGGGAGAAAGUCAUAACACGUAUAUAAACAAAAACGAAGAAAGGAAAAAGGAGGAUGCGCUGUGGGCCAGCUUCCUCAGCGAUGUUGCCCAGAAACCCAAAGCCGUUUCUGCAGAUCAAACUCCCUGCCAUCAGAAACACAAGACAGCUGCUGAGAAGAAUGUGUGCAAGCCUCAAGGGGAACCAAAGGAAACCGAGAGUAACAAAAUCACAGUCACCAAAGUGUUUGACUUUGCUGGCGAAGAGGUGAGGGUCAGCAAGGAAGUCGAUCCCGCUUCGAAGGAAGGCCAGCAGUUUCUGAAGGAGCAGGAGCCGAAGGUGGCAACCCAGACAUCGCAUCCAACUAUUUCGGGAGUGAAGCGGCCUAGCAGUAUGAACAGCCUUCUGGGGAAGAUGGGUGCCAAAAAGCAGAAAAUGAGCACGCUGGAGAAGUCCAAGCUGGACUGGGAGACCUUCAAAGAAGAAGAAGGCAUCGGCGAUGAGCUGGCCAUCCACAACCGAGGGAAAGAUGGGUACCUGGAGAGACGAGCCUUCCUGGAAAGAGUGGAUUACCGUCAGUUUGAGCACGAGCGAGAUAUCCGCCUGAGCAACAUGAAACCCUGAACAUGGGCAGAGUCCGACGCUCCGAGUCCAGCCAUCCCCAGCAUGGCCUCUCCGGGUCUUCUCUCCCACUGCAAUAGCCAAUAGGUGAACUGAGGUCCCGGGCAGCCGGUUUGCCAGGCAAGGGGCAGCUCCGGGCAGCAGAUAGUUGUUAGCUGGGCACGUCGUCCUGCGGCCCGUUUCUCGGCUGGGGAAGGGGCUGCCAGGCUGAUUUCACAGCUGCCACGUUUUUGGUAACCCAGCUGCGGAAUUGCUCCCGUGCCCGCCUGCUUGUGCCCGUCGCCCGGGCGCUGGUUCUGCAUGACAUCAGCCCUGGGAUCCCCACAUUUGCUGGCGCCAGUGGCCUCUUGUGCCACUGAAAAGCUCUCUCUCUC